CUGCGCACCAUCAAAGAUGUGAACGCGUGUUUUCUGCGUUUCGUUAUUAUCAGUAUAGGCUAUUCGGGUACCUACAGAAUCCUCACAAUCUUUCCAGAGACCAAGGGACGACCUCCUCGUCAAGAUGUUCAGUCAAAAACCUAAAAAGCCCGUUGCUGUCAACAAAGGCCCAGCUGCUCCCGCACAACGCCCUCCGGCCGGACGUCCUCCAGCUGGCCGACCGGCUCAGCCACCUGCCCAGCGACCUGCUCAACCCGCUCAGCGACCAUCACAGCCUGCCCAGCGGCCUGCUCAACGACCGGCCGGUUAUCAACCGGUGACUGCUCCGAGACCAGUUGCAGGUGCUCCUGUUGUCGGAAGACAGCCUGCUCCCAAUCAUGGAAUGCAGAUGACCCAAAUGAAGAAACCGCAACAAGCUACGCGUCCUCCGGCCAAGAAGCCAGCUCCUGCUCAAGGACAGAAGGCUGGACCACCAAAAGGUCAUGCUCCGCAAGGUGGAGGCCGGCCAGUCCAAAGGGCUGGACCUGCACCAGUUCAAGGCUACCAUCCCGGCCACCCUCAACAAAGCCACAAGAAGAGCUCGUCGAACAUGAAGUAUGCAGCUGGGGGUGCUGUCGCCGGUGCGGCUGGUGCAGGAGCAGCCAUGUACUUCCUGAACAACGACUCGAACGAGCCCACUUACGUUAUCAACAACUACGACAACAGUCAGGGCCCAGAGAACAUCACCUAUACUCAGUACAAUCAAUAUGAAGGUGACUACAUAGACAAUGGAGACUAUCGGUAUGACAGCGAUGGUGAUCGUCAAUACUCUCCAAACAGUCCAGACGGCGAUAAUCGCUACUAUCGCUACUACGAUGAUGAUCACGACCAGUACGCCAAUGACACAAACUACGGCAACCAAUACGACAAUGAUCAGGUGGAUACGUCGUAUGAUACCACAAGGUACCAACAACCAAGUGACCAGCAAAAUGGUGGUGACAACGGCAACGAUGACUGUUGUGGCUGCGACAAUUGCUGCGAAUGCGAAAACUGUUGUGACUGCGAUGGCUGUUGCGGGUGUUGCGGUGAUGACAAUGGCAAGGACGGUGGCGGUGGGUGCGUUGUAAUGUAAUGAAAUGUGUCUGGGAAUAGAGUAAUGACGGGUUCUACUAUACACGGUAAUUACAGAUUAGCGAUCACUUAAUUUUGAUGAUAUUUGUUUAAUGGCUCGUGCGGGUCUAGGGUGAGACCAAGACAUGAUCACGGACAGUUAGUGAAUGAACAAUGGCGUGCAGCACGACUUACUCAGUUUCGCCAGACAUGAUACUAAAGAAGCAAAAGAAUAUCAACUCGCA